AUGCCCGAGCCUUAUUAUUAUAAUGUGUAUAGCAAUCUCCUGAUAGGAUCUAUUCGGCCUUUAUAUUAUGUACAAGAAUUAACAAGUGGAUUAAUGGAACAACAAUUAUCAGACAGGGCAAAUAACAUAACUAUCCCCUCCCUGAAUAGAGAAAGACUCCACGAGGGGGGAUGUAGUGGGGUCGUCUUGGAAGCGAUCCAUGUCACAAGUGAGUUGCUCUCCAUGGAGAGGAAUUAG